AUGAACUUACUAGAUCUUCUUUCUGACGAUCCCCCGGCCGACCCUGGCCCCAGCCAGGUUGAUAUGCACCACUACCUCGGAAAUGUCGACAGUGGAUUCCAGCCAGUUUACGGUCAAGCAUACUCUGGAAUUGAAGAAAGAAGAGAUUCUGUUGAUGCGAAGGACUCUAGCAACAACGUGAUUUAUCUUCCAGCAAGAAUGUCACCUUUUCAAAGAGACGUUUGCGAGCUUAUAGUGCAGAUCUUUCGAAAAGGGUUUGAACAAGAGCUUCAGAAGAGUAAAAACCGAGCGUCUAUAAGUAAUCUUUCAAAUAAUGAGGAUGAAAUGCACGGACGAAUUAGCGCUGGCCGGUCACGGGAAUCCAGUGCUAGACUUAUCAAUUUGAUGUUUGAACAGUUACGCAAAGUGUCCAUGCACCCUUCACUUUUGGUUGACCAUUUUAUUCCCAAGAGAUGGUUGCUACUGGAAGUAAAUGAGCGUUUAUUGAACUUAUCCGGAAAACUAGCGCUUUUUGAUCGCAUAGUAGACCUCUUGUGCGAUACGUACAAUAAUUUCAACAAGGCACCCAGUGAGCAAUACAAUGUGCUUGUGAUGGCCGAGUCGGUGAAGGAGUUAGAGUGGAUAGAGGGCUCAAUAAUUGGCAAGGAGCUUGAGUAUCACAAUUUGAAUACGAGGAAGUUGUACGAUAAGGAUGACCUGAAGAAGGAGGUGAAGGAAGAGUUUACAGAGGAUGAGUUGUUUUCAGGCGACAAUAGGAAUAAGAAACGUCAUCACUUGAAGAGACGGAGACAGCAAAGCAGGCUGAACCGAAAGUAUGGAUUGGUCUUGCAUCUCGCCACUUCAAGGCACAUGUAUGAAAGCUACACGUCAAGUGUGCAAUUUGACCUCAUAUUCUCGUUUGACUCCCAUCCUGAUCUCGAGAGUGCUAGUAUACAACUCAUACGAUCAAAUAACAAAGCAUCAUCCGUCUCAUUGCUGGCAAAACAAUUCAGGACUCCAAUAAUCAUCCCAGUCCCAACCUACUCCUUAGAGCACUACUCCACCAUCUUUCCAAGACCAGAGGAUAAUCUAGAUCUUCGAGGCGGUCCUGAUGCUCAGGUUCAUUGGAAGCUCAAGGUAAUCAGUGCGUUUGUUGCUAACAGGUAUAAACUUUACGACGAGAACGAAGACAACUUCUUUGUAAAGCUUUACGGUAACCGCUUCGAGGGGUUGAAACAAUGGCUUGUAAACUGGUGGGGUACUCCACUUCCAGCCGUGGCUCUGUUUCUUGAUGAAAGCAGAGAUUCCCUCCAACUACACCCAUCUGAAGAGAAGCUCUUGAAGCAGCUCAGGGUAAAUUUUUGCGAAUUUCUCAAGGCUGCUUUCAGCAAGGAAAAUCAUAAAUUCAAAUUCGAGAAUCCUAGUAUCGACAGUGUCGAUGACACCGUUUUGGAUUUCGACACGUUGAAGAAGAGAUUUUCUGAGGCUCUCAACCACCGCACUGAGCUUGUGGAGACAAUCGUACGCCGCGGCCUUUUUGAAGUACUUCCUAAGUAUCGAAAGGCUGAAACUGAGCGGCAGACGGAUAUAGAUGCAUGCGAAGACCAAAUGGGUGAAAGAUAUAAGAAGCUACGCAAACUAAUCGAGGAGGCUAGCGCCGUGGAGAGAAAGUAUAACAGAGCAGAGGCUGAGAACACGCGGGUUGAAUCAAUAUGGACUGAGACAAAAGAAAUGCUCAAACACCUUGAUGAGGUUAUACAGCAAAAGAGCGAUGAGGAGAUCAAAAAGCUCGUUGAAGAGCAGACAAAGGUUAUUGAGCAAUUAAAUGAGGAGAAGGGGCGUUUGAGGAAGGAGUUGACACAAGUGGCACAGGAUGGCGAGGCCCGUCGUGGUGAGUACCAGACUAAGUCGGCAGCUGCAGUCAAUGCUACCGCAAAGCUCAAUGAUGCGAUCAAGAAGCAGGAGUCACUACAUGGCAUCGUAAAUGGGCCCGGAAUGCAUAUUCUUCCUUCAUUACAAAAAGAAUAUGAGCAAAUGAAUUACGAGUUGCGGGCCAACAAGCUCCGCAAAGAAAAUGCUUUCCUCAAACUGCUCUUCCUGUCAUACUUGGACAAGAUGGUGAAGGAGAGAAAUGCCACCGUGGACAACACAGGUUCGGGGCUGAGCAGCCGACCAUCGAAUCGUGUCAGUCGAGGCUCAACGCCCUUUAAUUAG